AUGAAGUUCUCUCAUUCGUUGCGCUUCAAUGCAGUCCCCGAGUGGGAUCAUGGCUACGUUUCAUACGAGGAUUUGAAGUCCAUCAUUUUUGAAUGUGAACGACAACGUGUGCAAGCUAUCAAUCAUGGAAGCGACAUUGAAGGCGGCGUUGACAACAAUCGACGAUCGAUAGCCAUUCAACAAGAACAAGACGAACAAGUUUUUGAAGCAGCAUUGGAUGCACAGCUGGAAAAGGUCAUCACAUUCUUUUCCCAGGUAUUCAGUGAUGUGGAAUCGCAAAUGGCGGAGCUCGAAGCCAAACUUGAGGCAUGCCCUGAAGACCCUUAUCCUGAUGGAGGUGUACGAGGAGGUGAUGAUCAUGGACUUGCUACCUUGGAUGGUCAAGAAGAAGAGUUUCAAUAUACACAAAAAACAGGUGCAUUGCAUACCACCGAUAUGCAUGCAGAACGAGAACAUCGUUUGAGUAGACAAUCACAAGAAAAGCUUGCAGUACCGGAAGCAACAUCAGGGCCUAGACACAAGGCGUCAUUCGAAUCACGACUGUCCACCCAAACCACACGCGAAAGUGAGCUUUAUGUGGAACAUCUUGCUGGAUUAAGAGCACAACUAGUACAACUUUACGUGCUUGUAUCAGAUGUCGAAUCGUAUAUCGACUUGAAUAGACGAGCAUUUGCAAAGAUCCUCAAAAAGCAUGAUAAAGUGCUUGGACGACGACUCAAGGAUCGCUAUUUACCACGCGUCGUAGCUGCAGCACCAUUCACACCAAAAACGGCCGCACAAUUGCAUAGAUACCUAACACGGGUCGAGCAAGUUUAUGCGGAUCUCUUUUGUGGUGGUCAAACAUCCAAAGCUGUAAGGCAAAUGAAGACCCAUUUACGAGAUCAGCUGACGUAUGAGCGCAACACCGUAUGGAAAGACAUGGUCCAUCAAGAACGACAGCAACAUGGAGCCCAAUACAAGCAUGAUGACACCAAGAUGUAUCGGCUAUUGCCAUCUCUCCUUGUUCCUGCCAAACGGGUGCAUUCGGCAGCUUGCCUAUUAUUUGCUCUUGUGGUGUUUGCGGUAUUGAUGAAUGUUCCCAUUUUUGCGCAACGACAAGAAACCCGAUGCUUUGCAUUAUUGAUGUUGGCCGCCAUAUUAUGGGCUACAGAAGCAUUGCCAUUGUACGCAACAUCUCUAUUGAUUCCUUUUCUAAUUGUACCACUUGGUAUCAUGCGUGAAACGGAUGGCACACCCAUGUCAGCACACGAUGCAGCCGAAGCAGUAUUUUCAUCCAUGUUUAGUGGCACCAUCAUGAUGUUACUUGGUGGGUUUGCAUUGGCAGGUGCAUUAUCCAAAUAUGGUAUUGCCAAAGCAUUUGCAUCGCAUGUCUUAUCACAUGCAGGCACACGUCCUCGUUGGGUGUUAUUGGCAACCAUGGCAGUGGCGGCAUUUCUCAGCAUGUGGAUUAGUAACGUAGCAACGCCCGUGCUAUGCUUUUCUUUGGUCGAUCCCAUUUUGCGUACACUGGAGCACGAUUCACCCGUAGCACCAUGCCUGUUGCUAGGCAUUGCAUUGGCGAGUUGCAUUGGAGGAAUGAUAUCACCCAUUUCAUCACCACAAAACAUCAUCACAUUGCAAUACAUGCAACCCAAUCCAGGAUGGGGUGCUUGGUUUGCUGUUGCCAUGCCAAUCUCUAUUUUAUCCAUUCUCAUCUGCUGGUGCUUGUUGCUGGUGGUUUAUCGGCCCGAUCGUGCAUGCCAACAUCUCAACAGCAUCAAACCUGUCAAGGGUCGUAUCACCCCACAGCAAAUCUUUGUCAUGGUCAUCACUAUCAUUACGGUCAUUCUCUGGUGCGUCGAAUCAUCCAUUGAGCAUACAAUCGGUAGCCCUGGUGUCAUCGCUGCCAUCCCACUCUUUGUAUUUUUUGGUACCGGUUUACUUGGCAAGGAUGACUUGCAUGCUUUCUUAUGGAGUGUAGUGAUCCUUGCACAAGGAGGAAUGGCUCUUGGUAAUGCUGUUACCUCAUCUGGGCUGUUGCAAGAUAUUGCACUUGGUAUCAAAAGCGGCAUUGAUCAGCUACAUCCAUUUGCUAUCCUGUUUAUAUUUGCUGCACUUGUCCUUGUGUUUGCUACUUUUGUAUCACAUACGGUGGCGGCAUUGAUUAUUGUUCCCAUUGUUCAAGAAGUGGGUCAACACCUACCUGUUCCACAUCCCAAUUUGCUAGUGAUGGGCGCUGGUCUCGCCUGUUCAGCAGGAAUGGGAUUACCAGUGUCAGGCUUUCCCAACAUGUCAGCUGUCAUGCUCGAAGAUUCACGUGGCAAACAAUAUCUCACCACACGCGAUUUUAUUGUCACUGGAAUCCCCAUCAGCAUCGUUGCUACUCUCCUUGUUUGCACACUUGGCUAUGGUAUCAUGUCAGCCAUGGGCUUCUAA